AUGGCCGCCACGCGGAUCGAGCUGAGCCAUGGCUGGACCUUUCGCCAGCAAGACAGCCAAUCCAAGGACUGGCUCUCCGUCCAGAGGGUCCCGACGCAGGUACACAUUGACCUGCUCGCUCACGGGAAGAUACCCGACCCCUUUGAAGACCUCAAUGAGCGUGCGGUGCAGUGGGUAGGGGAAAAGUCAUGGAUCUACAGGACAAGUUUCGAAACGCCCGAGAACCAUGCCCGGCACACACACCAUGAUCUCGUGUUCGAGGGCCUCGACACGUUUGCUACCGUCUGUCUCAACGGCACGGAGAUCCUCAAGGCGGACAACAUGUUCGUGUCGUACCGCGUCAAUGUGGCCCAGCAUCUCAAGCACUCUGGCGCCAACAACUUGGACAUCGUCUUUGAAUCGGCGCUUCUCAGGGGACGUGAGCUUGUGAAGCAACACAGCCAUGAGCACAACUUUCUCGUGCGGCAGACAGACGUUGGCCGGCUGCCCGCGAGAAAGGCCCAAUACAACUGGGGCUGGGACUGGGGUCCGAUCCUCAUGACCGCAGGACCCUGGAAGCCGGUCUUCCUCGACUCCUACAAUGUCAGGGUCCAAGAUGUCUGGGCGCGAUACGAGCUCAGCAACGACCUGGCGCACUGCGCCGGCUCCGUCGUGGUGGACGUUGCAGGCAAUCUUGGACCAGAGGACGAAAUACAACUGGGCAUCUACGACGGCGACACAAUCGUCUUCGAGACAAAAGUCUCCUCUGGGGGAGCUGGCGCAAUCGAGGCCCCCUUCACCAUGGACAAGCCCAACCUGUGGUAUCCCCUAGGCUAUGGCGCUCCCUCUCGGCACUUGCUGAAGGCAACCGUCCUCAGCAAAGACCAGGAGGGAGCGGCGGCAGCCUCCCUGUCCAAAUCGAUCGGCUUCCGUCGCGCCGAGCUGGUUCAAGAGGCAGAUGCCCACGGCAAGUCCUUCUACUUCCGCAUCAACAACAUUGAUGUCUUCUGCGGUGGCGCGUGCUGGAUCCCCACGGACAGUUUCCAAGCGCAGAUCCCCGAGAAGCGCCUGCGCGACUGGGUCGCCCUCAUGGCCGAGAGCAACCAGGUCAUGCUGCGCAUCUGGGGCGGCGGCGUCUACGAGCACGACGCACUGCUCGACGCGUGUGACGAGCUGGGCAUCAUGAUCCUCCACGACUUCCAGUUCGCCUGCGGCAGCUACCCAGCCUACGACGCCUUCCUGCAGACCUUUGCGGUGGAGGCUCGCCAGAACAUUCGUCGCCUCAGGACGCACCCGUCCGUCGUCGCCUGGGCGGGUAGCAAUGAGGACUACCAGGUGCAGGAAAAGUACAAGCUCGGGUACGACUACGAGGACAAGGACCCGGCGGCAUGGCGCAAGUCAAGCUUCCCGGCGAGGUACAUCUACGAGCACCUCAUCCCCCAGAUUCUCAGGGAGGAAGACCCUCACGUCAUCUACCACCCCAGCAGUCCAUGGGGAGACGGCAAACACACCACGGACCCAACAGUGGGUGACAUUCACCAGUGGAACCUAUGGCACGGGGCCAUGCACAAAUAUCAACAAGUCGACCUGCUCGGCGGCCGCUUCAUCAGCGAGUUCGGCAUGGAAGCCUUCCCGCACCUCGACACCCUCCACCGCAUGGUCUCCGACCCCGACCAGCGGUAUCCCGGCUCCAUGGCCAUGGACGCCCACAACAAGGCCAUCGGCCACGAGCGACGCAUGAUGGCCUACGUCGUCGACAACUUCCGCCUGCCUGCCCCGGCCUUCAGCCUCGCCGCGUACGCACACCUCACGCAGAUGGUGCAGGCCGAGACGAUGCGCUACGCGUACAAGAUCUGGCGGCGGGACUGGCAGGGCCGAAAGUGCGGCGGCGUGCUCGUCUGGCAGCUGAACGACUGCUGGCCCACCAUCUCCUGGGCCGUGGUCGACUACUACCUCGUACGCAAGCCGGCCUUUUAUGCCAUCGCCAGGGCGCUGCGGCCGCUCGAUGUCACCGUGAUGCGCAAGAUGGUCGACUGGACGCAGACGGGGGACUGGGUUGAUGAGAACUCCGCGCUCAAGACGGGACAGGUGGACCAGACUCUCCGCGCCAAGCAAGGUGUCUUUGACGUGUGGAUUGCGAGCAGCAAGGUCCAGCCCGUCAAUGUGCAGGUUCAGCUGCGCUUCGUUUCCAUUGCCACGGGUCAAGAGAUCCGCGAGCGCAUGACACAAAGCGUCACCGCUGCGCCGAACACGACCACGACGGUCCUCCAUCGGCACGUGGCGCCUGCCUCGAUCCCUGACUCGGACGAUGCAACCAAGCCCUUUGACAUGUCGGCAUACGAUCCGUACGUUAUAUACGCGGUGCUCAAGGUAGGAGGAGACCAGGUCGUCGCCUCGGACGUGGCCUGGCCGGAGCCCAUCAAAUUCCUCGACCUGUCCAAGCGGGACAUCACAUUCGACCUGACCUCCUCAUCGCGCGUGACCAUCAGGGCCGCGAGACCUGUAAAGGGUUUUGUCUUUGAGGAGAAGCCCGACAUCAAGCUUGAUGACAAUGGCUUUGACCUCGUCCCGGGGGCGGACAAGGUCGUCACUGUCGAGGGAAUGGACGGAAAAGACUUGAAGUACACUUUUAUCGGUGCAACGGGGGCGUCACUGAGUGUCUCUGGCAAUUAG